UUGUGUUGCUUUCAGACACUGAUAUUCUCUUUUUCUGAGUAUUGAUAAUUAUGUUUUAGGUCAGCAUGGAACAGCAUGAUACCUGUUGACAGCCCGUGUAAUAAGUUCAUCGUCAAAAUGGAGACGACCACUGAACUUGUUGACACUACGGACCAUUCCAUUUAUGGCCUCGUCGUGUUUCUCGUCAUACUCAUUUUUUUCGCAUCACUAACGACUGGUCUCAUUUUAUGCCUUCUGAAAAUAUGGUGCACAUUCCACGAACAACGAAGAAAUUCUACAUUCGAUCAGAGAACUCGAAGGUCAAUCGUCAGAAGUUCGCCAAACUUCGAUUAUGACAGCGACGAGGAAUCGGAAACUCAAACAACUUUGAGCAAGCGUCGUUUCUCGCAACGUUUAAUGAGUUACGUUACAAAAACUCUCGAUAAGCGUGAACCCCCAAAGGAAACUAUAAAACCGGAUAUUGAACAACCACAAGUACAUGGGAGAAAUGGCAGUGUUAGUAGCCGUCGAUUACCGGCAAUCAAUGUAGAGCCGACGUCUGAUGUUAUGGAGACACUGAUGAAAGAUUUGGAAGGCAUUCCAAGUAGGCGGAACAACUAUGAAGACAAUGAUCCAGCAAAUGUUAUUGAUGUCUGAAUUUUAACACAUGUAUAUUUUGUAAUUUGUAAUUAUUAUAAAUGAAUCCUUCAAGCAC